AGCCCUUUUGGCUGAAGGGCCUUACUCUGCAACUGGGCUGUCUGAUCUUGUGCCACGAACCUAGUCAUGUCCAGCCAAACUUCCUGCAUGGCCGUGGCGGCGGUGGGCCUUUUGUCCUUGCCAGCCUUCAUUCCCAGUGGCAUCACCGGCACCCAAGCUCCAGCCACCCCAACCCUGCGUGGCGCCCGGGCCACCGGGCCCACCAUGGGCGCCCCCACCUGCGCCGGCCUCGCACUCACCGUUCUGGGCGCCGCAGCAGCGAAGCGGGUCACCGCCCGCAAGGCUUUGCGCAGGGAGUUGGCCGUGGCGUACGAGGACUCCGGCAUCGAUCUUUUGGACAACGGCAAGUUUGCCCAGGGCUUGGUGGGCUCUGAGGGCGCCUGGGGACGCUAUGAGUUCGACCCUCUGGGCUUCUCAAAGAAGACGGAGUUGGUGCCCUACUUCCGUGAGGCUGAGUUGAAGCACGGGCGCUUGGCGAUGUUGGCCUGGGUGGGAUUGGUGGUGCCGGACUUCGUUCGCCUCCCAGGUGAGAAGUUCUCCUUCGAGGCGGUGCCUGUGUCAAUCGAUGCUCAUGAUGCUUUCCUGGGUGCCACGGGUGUGAAUGCUCAAGUCCUUUUCUGGGUGAGCAUCCUUGAGCUCUGCUGCGCCAAGAAGGUCUUUGAGUGGAACUCCGUCGAGGUGGCUGGGGAUUAUGGCCUCACCAGCUUGUUCCCCAGCGAUGAGGAAGGACAGAAGAAGAUGCGCUUGGCCGAGCUGAAGAACGGCCGCUUGGCCAUGCUGGCCUUCGCAGGAGCUGUGACCCAAGCUGCUCUCACUCGCCACCCAUUUCCAUGGCUCUUCUGAGUGAAAUGACCAAAGAUGCCCAAAUGUGCAGGUUUCUUUUUCAAGACCUGAAUCAGUGGCUCUCAGCCGCGCAAAAA